AUGCCCCCGCACCAUCCGCACCACCACCACCACCCGGUGGCGGCCAUGCCGCCCCCGCACCACCCCCAUCACCACCCCCACCCGGGGCAGGGGCCACACCACCACCCCCCGACCGCCCCGCCGCCGACCCCCCCCCAGCAGGCCCCCCCGCGCGACCAGCCCCAGCGCAUCGAUGUGUCCACCUGUCCCGGGUGCAACCCCCGCAAGGUGGGCAACUACGAGGUUGUCCGGUCGCUCGGAUCCGGCAACUUCGCCAUUGUCAAGCUCGCGCGCAAUGUCCUCACCAAUGACGAGAUCGCCAUGAAAAUCAUCGACAAGCGCCGGCUCAACAAGAUGCAGCUCAACCGCCUGUACCGCGAGGUGCGCAUCCUCCGGCAGCUCGGCCACCCGCGCGUCAUUCGCCUUUUCGAGGUGCUCGAAUCCGAACGGCAUCUGUACCUGGUGACCGAGUACGCCUCCGGCGGCGAGCUGCGCGCCUUCAUCGAGAAGAAUGGCCCCAUGACGGAGGCCGACGCGCGGCUCAUGUUCCUCGAGGUCCUGGCCGCCGUCAAGCACUGCCAUGAUUGGCGCAUCGCCCACCGCGACCUGAAGGCCGAGAAUGUGUUGCUGGACAGCCGUGGCCAUGUGAAGGUGGCGGACUUCGGCUUCGGCCACCGGCCGGACCACCGGCACCCGGCCAUGCCGGAUUUCGCCACCACCACCACCGGCUUCGAGCAGCUGCUCGAGACCUUCUGCGGGUCGCCGCCGUACGCCGCGCCGGAGCUCUUCCGCGGCGAGCCCUACAACGGCGCCUCGGUCGAUGUCUGGUCGCUGGGUGUGCUGCUUUACUACAUGACCACCGGCCUGCUGCCCUUCAACGGGACCACCCUGGAGGAGAUCCGCAACCGGGUCACCGGCGGCCAGUUCAGCAUCCCCCGGCACCUGUCGGUCCCGCUGCAGCGCCUCCUUCGGCAGAUGAUCCAGCUCGACCGCCACCUCCGCCCGAGCAGCAUCACCGAGCUCCUGUCCGACCCGUGGCUCAAUGGGAUUUACCCGCCGGAGAUGCUGGCCCUGGAGCAGCAGCCGCACCACCAUGGCCGGCACUCGGACCAGUCCUCGCCGCCGGCCGCCGCCGGGGGACACUUCGAGCGGGCUCGCUCCUCGCCGGCCGGCAUGACCGGUGGCUCCUCCUCGGCCUCGGGCGGGGGGGCCCAGCGCAUCGCCGCCCCGGCCAGCUCGGAUGCCCUGUUCGCGGGGGGCCCGACGGCCGAGGCGUCGGCCGCCGCCGAGGCCGCCCCCCCGCGCCUGCCCGAUGGUUAUGGCUUCCCAAUUGACGCACGCGCCUUCAUCGAGAAUCUCAACCAGAACAGCGCCAGCCCCCUGCGCCCGGAUACCAUCAGUCCCGAACUGCAGGACCGCAUCAUCUGCGAGGUGGCCCGCAAGCACAACAUCGAGGAGGCGGCCCUCCGGGCCGCGGUUGCCGACGACCGCUAUGACGACAUGACCGCCCUGUACCGGCUGUCGGUGGCUGCUACACUGACGGCCAUUGCCGAGGCGGAGGAGGCGCGCCUCAUUCGCCGCCAGCAGCGCGAGGCUGCCGAGGCCGCUGCCGCUGCCGAAGCCGCCGCCGCCGCCGAGGCCGCCGCCGCUGCUGCUGCUGCUGCUGCUGCUGCCGCCGCCGCCGCCGCCACCACCACCGAGGUCGCCACCACCGCCGCCGAGCCUCUCUCGCCCCACCGCAGCAAGGAUGCCACCGCGGCCAACUCGGAGGGACAGCCGUCGGCGGCGGUCGCGGUCGCGGCCACCACCAUCCCCCCCAUGUCGAAUGCCAGAUCACCGGCCUCCCAAGACGAGGCUGGCCCCUCCUCCAGCUCGUCGGCCGGGCCCGCGGCCCCGGCCGGCAAUGCCCGGCUGGCCGGCUUGGCAUCGCCACUGCCACCGCUGACGCCGGAUUCCCCGCGCCCAGGGGCCACCCCCGCCGCCGGCAGCAAGGCCAUCGAGCAUCGGCCGCUGUCGCCGACGGAGCUGGCCCGACGCCAGGCGGCCGCCGCCGCCGCCGCGGCCAAUGCCCCCUCCGGGCCCCGGACCGACACUCCCCCGCCCACGGAUGACAGCGCCCUGUCGUCGAUGGACUCGCGCACGGAGCAGGCCCUGUCGACCUGCUCCUCGGCCGGCGGGUCGGCGGUCCUGGUGGCCGGCGGUCCGGAGGCCUCGUCCUCCACGGACUUGGCCGCCGGCUCGUCGUCGUCGUCGUCAUCAUCAUCAUCAUCAUCGUCGUCGUCGUCAUCGUCGCCGCCGCCGCCGCUGACCCCCUUCGAAUCGGCCACGAGCACCGCCAUGCAGGUGUCUGCCGGCCUUUCCGGCACUGCUGGCGGGGCCCCCCACCGGUCGGCCUCCUCCUCGUCGUCGAGUGACCAGGCAGCCGGCGGCGCGGCGGCGGUGCACCUCCUGGGCUAUGACCCCCGGUAUCCGGCGCCCCCGCCCCCGGCCACGGCGGUCCCCUUGACGCCGAACCUGAUGUCCUCGCCCAGCCCGGCGGCCACGGUCUUCGCCCCGCGGCACCGCGAGCCUGGGGCCCCGUCCGCCGCGGCGCGCACAAUGUCCCCGGCGCAGAUCAGCAGCAUGAAGAUGGCCCUUGGGGGCGUGGGCCCGGCCGCGGCCGGCGGCCAUGUCACCGGCCUCUCGCCACACCACAUGGUCCAUUCCCCGGGGCCCGGGCUGGCCAGUGCCACCGGGUACUUCCCUCCCGGCUCGGCGGCCACUUUGCCCAUGAAUGUGGCCCUCGGCGGAGGCCCCGGCCCGGUUGGGCCCGGGCCCGGGCCCGGCGGCCUCCACGGGCAUCACCAUCCCUCGCACUCGGGCCACAUGGUGCACCAUGUGGUCCAGCCGGCCGGGCACCACCGGCGGUCGCCCUCCUCGCCGGGGGUCCGGCAAAUUCACCUGGUGUCGGGCGCCGGCGGCCCGGACGGCAGCAUCCUGGUCGGCUCCAUGUCGGCGCACCUGCGGCCCAGCGACUGCGGCGACCUGAUGACCGCCACCGACCCCACCAACUUGGUGGGCUGCGCCUCCUCGCCGGCCAAUCUGCUGUUGCCGUGCUUCGAGUCGGGGGACCUGCUGAUGCGCACGGCCCCGACGGCGGCCUCCUCCUCCUCCCCCUCCUCCUCCUCCUCGCCCGGUGGCGGCGGUCCCCCCGGUGGCAGUGACCACCACGCGGCCGACACGGGCGACGCCUCGCCCCCGGGCCCCGGGCCAGUGGGCAUGUCUCACCAGCUGGCAGCCGGGGGCAAUGUCGCGCAGCACGCCACCCCGCAGCCGCCCCACCACUCGGACAGCCGGUCGCCCUCUCCCUCGCCGAAGUUCGCCAAUUUCUUCAUCUUCAGUCGCCGGCGGCGGAAGCUCCGUGGCCCGGGCGGUGUCGAGUCGGCCCCGGUGCUCAGUCAGCCGCACCAGCCGCACCACCCCUCUUCCCCCUCUUCUUCUUCUUCCUCCUCCUCCUCCUCCUCCGCUUCCCAGCGUGGGGCCGGGACCGCUGGCGCUGCCGGCCCGCUGGCCGCCGCACCCAGCUUCGGCAUCACCACUGCCGGGCUGGCCGUGGAUCCGAUGGCCUCCACCGACUCGGCCAGCUCCCCUUCGAGUGCCGCCUCCCCGGUGAUGACCCUACCGCUGCAUCCCUUCUCCCCGGUGCCGCACCACCCAUCGAGUUUCCACAUUCACUCGACCACCGGCGGCGGCUCGUCCAGUGGCAAGUCCUCCUCCGACAAGAGUUGGUACCGCCUGCGCCGGUCGCGCAGCGUGGCCACCGGAAGCCUGUCGUCGCCGAACUUUGGUGCCUCUCCUGGCGGCCACCCUCACCACCAUAUCUCCUCCAGCGGCGGCGGCGGCGGCGGCGGCGGCUUUGGCAGCCCGGGGUACAUCCUCCCGUGCGAGUGUGUGGCGCAUUCGGUCCCCGUGUCGCCGACCGGCGCCGGUGGCCAUGGUCCCCAUUACCACUACCAGCAGCUGCAGUAUGUCCAACAGCAGCAGCAGCAGCAGCAGCAGCAGCACCACCACCAUUCCCAAACGGCCGGUGCCUCGCCCAGCCCCUCGCCCCUGGGCGGCUUCGGCGCCACCGACCCGCACCACCAUGGCAGCGGUGGCCAGCAGCCCUCGCGGCCGUCGUCACGCCGGCGCCGCCUCAGCAUGCCGCUGCUGUCGCUGUCGCGCUCGGCCAGCGUGUCUUCCGGCCUGUCGCGCGCGGCCCCGGAUGCCGGGUCCGUCACUCCCGGAGCCAGUGGCCUUGGCGGUGGGGUGGUCUCCUAUUCGGUGUCCCCCUCGCCGUCCUCCGGCUACCAUGGCCCGAGCUUGACCUCGACGGACCCGGUCCUCGGCAGCUCCUCCGGCGCGUGUUCUCCCUACCCGCAGGCCGGGGGGGCCUUCUUCCGCGCGCCGGCCUCGCACCACACCCUCCCGGCCAACAUGCAGCCCGGCGGGGGUGCCGGGCAGGCCCCGCCGGUCGGCGGCGGGCCCGUCAACAGUGUCAUGGGCCCUGGCCCCAUGAUGAUGUAUGGCUGCGACUCGCCGAUGUGCAUCUACCUGCCCCAGCGCCAGCCCUCGACCACGGCCUCCCUGCCGCGGGGGUCAUUCCUUGGGCGCAUCUUCCGAAGCGGGUCCUCUUCGUCGUCGUCGACGGCGGCGGCGGCGGCGGCGGCAACCGCGGCCGCUGCCGCAACCGCCGGCUCGCCCCCCACCCCCAGCUUCGGCUUCAACAUGCCCACCAGUGCCUCGGUGCACAUGUCCCUGGCGGACUCGCCAUCGGCCGAGCUGCUGGGCGGCGGGUCGCCAGUGCUCCGGUCGCAUUCCACCCCGGCCGUCAACCGGCUGAUGGGGAACUCCAUCGGGUCGCUCAAUGGCGGCAGCAGUGGCAGCGGCAGCGGCGGCGGCGGCGGCGGCGGCGGCGGCGGCGGCAGCGGCAGUGCUCAUCACCAGUCCCACCACCAUGGUGGCAUCGGGGAUUCGUACCACCUGCCGGCCGGGUAUCGGCCCUGUCCGGCGGUGGCACCAUACUCCCUGCCGGCCGGCUGGGCGGUGCAGUUGCCGCCGACGAUGCCCGGCUCGCCGGCCGACUCGCCGGUCUCCUCGCAGAUGGUGGCCGCACGCAUGGGCGCCACUGCCGUGGAUCCUGCCCUGCAGUUGAGCAUGCCGAUGGACAGUAGCGGCCUGAGCAGCAGCCUGGCCGGCUCGACGGCCACCCUGCACGAGGACCUGGGUCAUAUCCUGGCCUUCCAGCGGUCGCUCAACCGCACGGCCGCCGCCAUGGUCGAGCACCUGCCCGGGUGCAAGGACUUUGGCGACCUCCUUAGUCGGCAUUUGACCAAGCCCUCGAUGCUCAUGUCCCUGUCGAGCACCGGGCCGACGGACAGCAGCCUCAUCAAUCUGGCACACAGCCUGGCGGCCGUGGUCACCGGGGCUCUGAAGCUGGAGCUCAUGCUCCCGGCCAAUGUGGCGGCCCUGUCGAUGCGGCUUGUCCGCCAGAUGCCGGGCAGCACCAUGGCCGGGGCACCGGCCGCCGGUGCAUCCGUCUCCGCCUCCGCCUCCGCUGGGCACCAUUCGCGACAUGGGUCCACCUCCUCCUCCGCCUCCACCACCUCCUCGUCCGCCUCCUCGACCGGCAAUCGCACGGGCAGUCAGCACCUGGCCACCUCGUCGCCCUCUCUGCCGGCAUCCGAUCUGACCGACUCGGCCGAGUCCAACAGCGGUGCCGUCGCGGCGGCCAGCACGGCGGCCACCACGGCCGCGGCGGCCGCCGCCCUCGGCGACAGCACGGCCAUCAUGCUGGCCGACUGCAAGGCCUUCCUGGGCGAGCCGUCCUCCCCGCCGCCCGGGGUGUCGCGGUCUUCCCCCUCUUCCUCGGCCGAUGGGUCGCCAUCUUCGCCCCAUGUGGGGGGAGCCUCGUUGCCGAGUGCCGGCGCUGGCGCCGGCAAGGAGCCGACCAUGCUCUGGUGGGCCUUCUCGCCGCUGUCGCUGCCGUUUGCCGGCGGCCCGGCUCGGGCCCCGACCACCCCGGUGGAAAUGUGGCUGCCGGCCUUCUCCAAGAACAUCAAGACCUGCUAUGUGGCCCACUUCCAGCCGAGCCCGGACUUGGUGAUCUCGGUGGAGAUCAUCCGCAGCUGGACCUCGCGGCUGCGGUCGUGCUUCGGCCUGCGCUUCCGCCGGGUGACCGGCUCCGAGCGCGACUUCAACGCCACCGUGGCCACGGUGACGCAUCUGAUGCAACGGCUCAAGAGCAGCGCCGCGGCCGCCGGCAACAGCAACAACCUGGCCGAGCUGAUGGUCGGUGCUGGGCCCUCGCGCCCGGCCUCUCCCUCCCCGGCCGGCAUGCCGCCGCAGCUUGGCCCUGGCGCCAGCCCCAGCCUCAACCAUCUGCCGGUCAUGGUGAACCUGCCGCCGUCGCGCGAUGGGCGUCCCGGCGGGGGGUCUCGCCCCGCCGCCGCGCCCGACGCGGCUGCUGCUGUCCGCCAUCCGGCCGAUGACCAUCCGAGCCAGCAGCAGCCGUCGUGCCCAUCCCCCAACAGCGGCAAGCCGCUGGAGGUCAUCCAGCAAGCGCCACUUGAGCGUGGCCCGGUCGCCGUGGCGGCCCUCACCGGCGACACCCAGACGUGA